UCUGUGGGAAAUGCUCCACAGGGGGGUUUGUUGUUGUUCUGGCAUGUUCGGCGAACAUGCAGCAUUUUCUGCCUGUUGUUAAUGCUGAAGAACUGUCUUAUGUGUACCUUAAUGAAAAAUAUAUUUCACUAUGACCUAAAUGAUGUUCCCAGUAAAGGGGUUGCUGCAGCAGGAAACAGGAAAAGUCAGAUUACACACGAAAUAUAUAUAUAUGUAUGUAUGUAUGUAUGUAUGUAUGAGCUCUUUGGCUGUUAAAAUUCUUCUCUGAAUGUUCUUUGUGUCACUAGGUAACAACAGAAGCUGUAAGUUCUAGUAUUUAAACAAAAUUUGGGCUUUGGGGCCAACUUGGAUGAAUCUGCAAAAGCAAAAGCUGUCCUGCUUGCACAUUCCCAUUAUUUCAGUGUAGUCUUGUGAUUGUGUGGCCCAGGAAGGUGACUGGUCUGUUUCCUUCAAUCUUCUACCCUUAAAUGAUGAUUGGAGAAUAGCUAUUUCUUCAUUUUACAGUUUUCAUGACUGAGAGGAAAGCUGGAAAGCACAAUUCCCAAAGGCUCAAGCUGAACUCAGCUAAACUCUGAUUUUUAAUUUCACUCUUAGCCUUCCAGCAGUCACAAGAUCAACUCAUGACUUGAUCUCAAUAUACAUAAUGUAUUGGAGGGGAUGGGAGGUAUUUAAUUGUUGUGGACACCUAGCAACAAUUUUAGGUUAGGUUUGAGAUGAACGUUUUUAAAAAUAUAUUUGAAAUAAACUUCCUGGGGUAGGAAAUGACAACCUGCUGUUGGUGUGAUGUGAACUCCGUGCCUCCUGUUGCUGGGGUCAGAAAGCGAACUGAAACCAAGAUCCUUUUUAGGGAAGACAAGGGGGUGGGCAUUAAAUGUGUUUGAUUGCAGCAGGAUAAAAAUAACACAGUCAAACGUGGUAAGUGGACAACCUGGAGUCCUGCUGUGGAGGAGCAGCAGUUGUCUGUAAACAACUUUUGAGUCUAUCUAUCUAUCUAUUGAGUCCCCAGUUUUCAACUGGGGAUACAUAGCAAGUAGUAGCUACAGGGAACAUAGGAAGUAGUAGCUAUUAAAAAUCCAGACAGCGAGAAGGCAAUGGACUGGGAUUAGCUUUAAAAGCAAGGUACGAUAUCAGCUGCGAUGUCACCGCCAUAGCGCUCUGCAGCGGCCUGACAUUCCGAGCGGCCUGCCCGGACAAGCCGCGCCGGGGAGGUUCUCCUGAGGCACAAUUCGGGUGACCUGGCUGGAGCUACAGUCAGUUUUUGGGGUGGGAUUUUUGUUACUUGUAAAAUUCUUCUGACAAGAAGUCCUUUCGCCUCCUGCACUUAUAUGUAAUUUGCUCAGACACUACCUCAGGGUAGUAUGGUCGGCAUCAAGCGUGCCCAAACUCAUCCCCUUAACUGGACAUUAAAUGCAGGAGUACUGCUGUGGCUAAAGCACGUUUGGGUUAAUGAAAUAACUUUUCAGUAUUUAUUAAAUAGGGUGUUAGUGCAUAGAGAUGUUAAUGCUUGCAAGAGAAUUAGCUAAAGACGUAAGCACGUAGACAUAUUUGGUGUCAAAAGAUUUUUGCAGCAGUCAGUCUGGAAGGUAAUUUUGUACGGUCUCCAUGUCCAUCCGUGAGUUCCCGUGUCCCUGGGCAGUCAAGGGAUUGCUGUCUGAAAUGAGACAAAUGUUCCACUUAGAUCCAGCUCAACAGCAUUGCCAGACCUGUGCCUAGUGAUUUCUAGAUAACUUCUUGUGUUAAGUUGCUGCUGUUUAUCUUUUUGCACUGAUGAGAGAGGGGUUACAUAUUGAGGUGAAGGGGAACGUGCAGAAAAGACUGUCAGUGUGACAGCAGGAGUGACUAUGGGCUUGUUGAGUGGAGGUUAUGAAGAGCAACCAGUCUAAACGUCCUCAAGAGAGACGGAGAAAUGAGCUGCAAACAGUGGCUUACACUUGUAGGUAGGUACAUCAAGAUCAUUGUACCUAAAACAAAUCAUCUGUCUGGGUGUCGACCUAUUCGUGCACAGAGGACUGUGAUCGCCUGGACUCAAGUCUCACAGACAUGGGAGAAGUACGUGAAAAUGCUGUUUAAACUUAAACCUGCUUUACAGAGCAAACGACACGACAGGUCUGCACUCGCCACAAGGCCGCUUCUGCCAGCACCAUCACGGAAUGAGGAGUUUUCUGCUUUGUGAAUGAGCAGAAUCCACUUAAAGCUUUUCUGCAAAAGAUGGAAAGAACUAUUAGAUGCACAGAGUGUUCAUGUGCUCUGCAGUUAUCCUUGGAAGGUGCUUCAAAUGGUAUUCUCUUGUGAACUCUUUUGUACUGAUGCAAAGAGGAAUGCUUUGCUUUCCUACUUGAGGAAAAUACUUGGGUAGCAUGAACAUGGACCUAAUUUUUAUAAAGGCUUCCAUCCGUUACUAAAAACCACGUCAAAUUAAUACUGCAAAUACCUAAAGCUGAGCAAAUAGGUGAGAAACAGCUUGGCUUCUGGAAUUCCUUUUCCCCGCGCCCAAGCUCUGGGGGAGCCCCGGGGGGUCUCUGUGCCUGCUGUACCUGUGGCUAUUUUUGCAGUUUACUUGUGAGACCCCCAAACUCCUGAUGUGGGUCCAGGUUCUUGCCCUGGAGUCCCUGAUCCAGCCAGUCCCUGUUGCCUGCAUAACUCUUGGCUAAUGGGGCUGAGACAGACUACUGCAUAAGCAGAUGUCCUGAACAAUCUAUUUAUUACAUUUAUUACCUUCAUAGCUACCUCCUAGACAUUUUUAUUAGGCUGUCUGGAGGCUGCACAGCUAGCUGGCCUGACAUCUCUCCUGCUGUCCCCAGACGUGCCGCUACCACGCUGAAUAUACUCUUAAUGAAGCAUCUGUGUGAACAAUCUUUUCACAUCAUCCCAGUGUUGUUAAAACUUACCUAAAAUGCGUGUGCAUCGAGUUUCGAGCUGCCUUUACACCAACUGACGUAUUGCCAUUCAGGUUUUGUGCGCUCUCCACCAAGGUUGCAAGGAUUCAGCAUCUUUGUUUUGCUGACAAACGGUGUCUCCAGGGCCCGGGGCAGCAGUGCUGCUACAGUCUGCGUUGGAUUUGCUGUCAGAAUCUGCUUUUUGGGUUUAUGAUUUAAAUUGUCCCUCUAUUUCCACACUAGCUGUGAAUUUACCACUUCAUGGGCCUUGAACCAGCUCUGGUUGCUGAAAUGCAGCGUUUGGGGCUGCACAGUAACUGCUGCACGUAGAACUGAGUAAACUGUAUUGCCUAGCAGAGGAAUUCUUUGUACUUUUAUGGCCUGGUGCUCAGUCAGACUAAAGUCCGUUUGCUCAGGUAAAGCUGAGGAGCCAGUCCUUCAAGUGCCAUAGAAAGCGAUUAGGUCCUGUGUGACACCUGGAGUUUGUUACCUGAACGUAUUCUUUUAUAUUGUCCUCCCAUCUUCAGGUGUGGGCAGGAGAGUGGUAAAAAAAAAAGGAACAAAAAAAAAGCCCAACUCACAACACCUUUUGCAGCUGAAAUACAUUUACCUUCUGGUUUGUUUUUUUUUAGUCAAAAUAGUUCCUUCCAGGAAUAAACUGGGAAGGAAAGCAAAUCAGAUUAUUACCAUGAUAACAGCUAGAUGUGCCAGGAUGCCUCAAGGUUUCAAGCUGUGAGUAAAUACCUUUGUUUUAGGAGGGGAAGACCACAGUCCAGUGCAGGAGCUCAGGGUUUAUAACUGUAUAAAAGUUCUUUUCAGAUAGGUGGUGGAAUUGGUGCAUGUGUUUCCUUGUAUAGGGCAACAGCUCAAUAAAUCAUAAGCCAAGUUGUUUGAUUUUUAAAUGGAGAUCCAUUGUAGGCUUUGCACUCCCUGAGGAUAACAGCAGACGUAUGGGAGUGAUUCUGUGAUAUGGAUUUGACCACACUUCAGAAAGCUCAUUUACAGUCCGCAUUGAGAUGUGUGAACCUUCAGCAUCCUGUGUCGUUGUGACUUUUGGAGAUGUGUAUCAGUGCCAUUUGGUGCUCCUGAGGUUGCUCACACUUUGGUUAUCCUUGAGCAUAUUUUAUGCUACAGGAGGGACUUCCAAAAACCAUGUGCCCUGAGUUCUAGUGAUUAAACCUUCCUUCGCUUGCUGCUGCAGCUGUCAAACAUUUAUUUUGUUGGUACUUGAACAGUAGCUGGAUCUUCUAAUGGGUGCGCAAGGCAGUUUGUUAACUCCAGGUCUUGAGUAAGAGGGGGCUGUGUGUGUAUAGCGUACAGGAAAGCUGGUGUUUAUCCAUGCCGGAGAUUACUAAGCUCUUGUAGUAUGAACCUUAUCUUUAGAACGUGUUUCCUGAAUCCAUCUUUCUGCCUUUCCUUUCAGUGACAGCUUAGUCUCUCUGCGGCAUUUACUGCAGCUGCUUGUGGAGUAUGUUAUAGGGAGAUAAAGGACUGUUCUGUUCAUCUGCCAGCUCUGCUGACCACCAGGAAAAGUUCUGUGGGCCACACAAAAGUGGGUCCGUGGUCUUCAUUUCUGAACACCAGGUGUUUUAUCACUAAAGUGUGAGCAAAGGCGUAGCACUCGUAGUAAAAUCUGGGUUUGUUAGAUUAGGAACAGAUAUCCGCAGGGCUGGUUCGCUGCGAGGUCUGUGUCUGUCGUUACAACAUGCUCAGUCCAGUCCGAUUACAUACCUGUGGAUCACAAUAAUGUGAAGAUGACUUCAGAUGCGAUCAUCAGGCUGAAGGAUCAAGCAGACUUAAAAUCGUUGCAUUACCAAAUUACCAAGUAAACAUAUGAUGCUAUAGCAGGGAACUCGCUCAAAAUAGGAAUACUUAGAAACUUGUCAUUCUAAGUGUGUGAACAGAGGAGAAUGAGGAACAAAGACAAACUGGGAAAUAAAAGGAAUGAAGGUGGGUCAGAUCCUUCAGCUCCGGAAAGGUUCUGCUCGGCGCUGAGCAAGCCCAGAAGAGCUGCCCCAUCAACUCGUGCUCUGUCUUCAGCGGUGAGCGAAGAUUCCAAGAUUCCAUGCGUGCUUGUGUCUCCUGCUGAGCAUGAACCAGGUGCUCUGAGCUGGAGGAAUCUAAGGAAAGAUUCCUGUUGUAAAUAGAAAGGGAAACUCCAAAAUAGCUGUUCUGGUCCCUCUCCUGGUAGGGCACUUUGGCAAGGCUUCAAAGCUAAACAUGAAUCCUCAGUGUUUUCAGGUCUGCCUGGAUUUCAGGCACUUAAAAGUAUUUUGAACAUCUGGACCAGGGUUUCUGGAGGACUUGUUGCCAUUCAGCUCUUUGGUAUCUUUGGACCAACAAUGUUUCUUUAUAAAAUUAGGGGUGUGGGGUUGACAGUUCAGAGGAUUUAGAUACUUCCAGAGGUCACUGAAAUAACACAUUAGCUAUUUAGUGAUCUCACACUUGUCAUUCAGGCACGUUUCUUCCUUGCUGGACUUGGAGCAGCCUUGUGACAGUUUGCAAGGGUCUGGAUUCACUUUUUAGUAGGGAUGUGAAUAUUUGCAUCCUGAGCAGUUCACUGUGCAGAUAGGAUACGUUGUAGUUUUUGCAUCCAAAGAACUGGUUUCUUCAAAGCUCCUCUUGAAUUGCCCCAAUACAAGUGGAAGGCAGAAAGCAGGAGGUGGCUGUGCGAGAAGAUGGUGCAGCAAAAGUUGCUCAGGUCCCUUCAAUGUUAUUUGCUUCUGUGCUUGUACAACGGGUGUAAUUGAGCAUUGACCUCUUUGUGUCAGACCCUCUAAGAUUUGUUGAUAAGUAAACUAUACAAUGAUUUGGUGUGGGGUUUGUGAGGGAAGGGUUUAAUGAAGUGAUAAUAUUGCAAAAUAGGUGUUGAAUUCUCAGCUAAGAAGCCUAAUCAUUGAUCAUGAUGGGCACCUGACCAAACGGGCUCUAAAAGAGGGGUUUUGUUCUUUCUGUGAUGCUUAUCACUCUACCCCUGUGCCCGUCUGAUUUCUUUGCUCAAGAGCUGGAAACAGAAAUACUCUUUGACAGCUUAAAUAACCAAAUUUAGAAUGCGGCUUCCUGUUCUGACUGGUUCUUCAGGAUUCAAGUGUCGUUUUGCGUGCUUUCCCUGUUCCUACCUCCCCCCGCCUUUUUGUUUUAAUUCUUUUUAACUAGAUAUGGGUUCCUUUAUAAUUACUUUGUUAAAUUUCCCUUACUGUGUGUAACACAGCUGUAAGUGCUGCCGUGGUGGGUGGUAUGCCUCUUCCUCACUGCGAAAGCUUUGUUUCUUUGCUAUAUCUUCUGCCCUGCAUGCGUUGGCUUGUUUCUGAUCGCUGCUACUGAAAUGCCUUCGUGUUUUCCUGAUAAAUUAGACUACAUAAUGCGGUAAGCUUUGUCUCCCAUGGUAAAAAUGACCAGAAGACUUGACAGAUCAUCUUCUCCCUCCAAAGGGGGACGCGGCGCUAAGAGAUGAGCACAGGAGGUUCUGCUCUCUCAACAGACCCGUGUCUACCUAUGUACAGGUUUGCUGUACUAAUUUGAGGCUCUCCUUAGAUAAGUCAUCUGUUUGGACUCAAUCCACUCGGAUUCAUCUCUAGACUCUGCUCAUUGCUCAGUCACACGUCUGAAUUAACUGACCUCCCACUGAAAAAACAGAGGCAUCGGACCCUUUGACCCUCAAACAGCUGGAGUGUGGCACCGUAUUCUUCAUAGCUCCCUCUUAGAACCCUUUUGCCCCGUCAAACCUGAUACCGAGACACUUGUCUUUGCGGGGAAAGAUUAAGUUUAGCUCAGGUGAGAAAAACAAAGCGCUCGGCCCCACCUCUGCACACGGAAAUGAACUGGCUACCGCUGCUCUCCGCGGCGGUGCCUGUGCAAGGCUCCAGCGCUCGGCUGCGGCAGCGACGUGUUGUUUUCAAAAUUGAGUAACUUUUCAUAAACGACACCGGAAACAGCUGCCCAGCAGUAAAGAACAAACUUUCCAUGUGCGCGGUGAAGGUGGCUGAGCAGGCGCAGCGCUCUGUGCAGAGAGGAUGUGAUGGGGAGGGGGUGGUUUGUUUGCCUAACGCAGCAACUUCACUGUUUUUUGUUAUAAUAAUCCCCUGAAAACGUGGGUCUGUGUUCUUCAUUGCCUUAUGUAUUACACUGAUGCUAAUAGAUUUAGGCCAAAAUUCCUGCGCCUGACGACAUCCCACUGUUCCCUUUACCUCGAACAUUAUGGGAGUACUUCCCACAGGUUUACCCGUUUUACAGCGUGUGUCUUGCCUGACGUAUGUGACUGUAGUUUAUUAGUUUUUGUGGUGCUCAAAGGUUAAGUCCUGUUGCCCAACAAGGGUCGUGUUGUACCAAGUGCACACACAGCGGGUUUUGCCGCCGGCCCUGCUAAUCCUGUGAGCUCCUGGGGAGCACGAAAUGCCACCCCAAACUCGGCCAGGCAGGGCCCUUUUCCCUGCAGAAAAGUGUCAUUUCAUGCACUGGGCUGGGAAGCGCUUGAGACCCCCGCCAGACUUAUUUACAUCUUGUCGCACAGUGAUUUAUGGCUGUGCUCACAUGCUCGCUUGCAGCAGGGUAGUGAUUUAGACUGUCACCUGUCAGCACUGCGAUCUCGUGCACUUGAAAUUCCCUGGGUGUCAGUCCACAGAGCGCACCUGCUUCCAGCAAGGAGCAGUUCCUUGGCUGUUUUGCAACCUACUGCCUUCAACUCCAGCUUGUUGUCCAUCCCCUCAAAGCCCCUUUGCUCUGCCUGCUCCUUGCUCCUGCAUGCCGAGGGAUCUAGUUAUUAAUACUUCUCGCUCGUGUCUAAAUGUAGAAUGAAACUUGGACAAAGAAAUAUGUUUGUUCCUUAAGUCUGGUUUUAAAAGCAGAAUAUGAAAACAGCACGUGCUGUACCAACGGACAGUGGGAACCGAAAUGUGAAUCUCACUGUUGCCUCAGGCUGGCCUUUCGAUCCUGGUGGCAACAAAAACACUCAAACACCUUUUAUUAGUGCAGAUUUCAACUUAUGAACUUACUCAAGCAUUUCUUACUCCUGUUUUUUAAAGGUUCAAAAAAAGAAAAGCUGGGAUAUUCUUAUCAGCAUUGGGUCUCCCAGCAUAUGGAGAUGCAGUGCAUCAUUAUAUUAAUCUGGGACUGAUUAAUUUACAAAUCCAUUAUCCAUUAAGUAUCUGCAUUCAGAGUGUUGUUUGUAGUAAUCACUGCAGUUGUUUUUUAGCCAUUUUGAAGGACUUGCCUUUGUAAUGUUAGUUGCGUGUAAGAAAUCUGAUAUCUGUCCAGACAGUAUCUAAGUGCAUUUAUUCUUCUACAGUGCUUGAGUAAAAGCCCUUAAGUUAUUAAUUAGAACAGAAGUUCUGGGUUUGUUUUUCAGUCUAUGAAUGUGUGGCAUGUGUUACUACUGAAUAUGAGGUUCUUGCCAGUCUCCUGACCUCUGGAAGGAUUGAGUUACCCUCCAUUUCUCUAAUGUCCUGAUUUUUCCAUUGCUUCUUGCAACUGACUUCAUUUCUGCCUAACGAAAUGAUUUUUCUUGGCACUGCAGCAAGCUGGCACUGCGUUUUCUUUACAGCUGUGAGGAACCAUUACCAGAGAUGUGCUCUUGGCUAUGUGAGAUGACAUUGCUUAAAUUAAUGCAACCAAACCACAUUCUAGCAAACCUGCACGAUCACCAAUUCUGCUGCUCUGGCCUUUCCUCUGUGAAUCCCUGAAGUGGGGUUGGCUGAGACAUUUCAGACGAGUGUCUGUCUUGCUCUUAUGAAGUCUCAGACCUGAAGCGGUUGCCAUCACGCUGUUUUUCAACCCCUCUCUGCUUCUCUGAAAGUUUUAGCUCAUAGUUGGAAGGAAACCCUAGAUGAAGCUUGCUUUUGGCUGCCUGAUCAUAGGGGCAGUUCUGCAGUGACACCCCAGUAAUUUUGCUAUUGAGUAGGUGUGAUUAAUUAAGAACACAUGUUAAAAACUUAUAUUGUCCAUGACCACCUCACUUGUGCUUUGGUACGGUACGGGGUCUGAGCAUGUGCCAUCCGCACCAGACAACUUAAGAAUCAUGUAUUAUUUGUGUCCCUCUGUGCUGGGGUGUCCUGCAUUCCUAUGGGAAACACAAAACCGAGCCAGCUUCCAAGGUUUCUUGGUUGUUUUCCCACACUCAUAGUUAAACGGCAAGGGCUGGAAAAUGCAGAUCUGGAACAGACAGUUGGUGCAAGACAGGAUGGGGCACCUUGCCCCCCAACUCUCCCCACUGGAAAACUGGAUUAACUUUCCCUUGUGCUGUAACAUCUGAAUUCCCAGCAGCCAGAGAACAAGAUUUUUGUUCUAAAGAACUUCCUUUCUUCCUUUUCUCCUGAGGGGUGAUGGAGCUAAAGAUUAAAUAGCAGUGAAAGGCAGCUGCUUCUCUUCUCCUUUGGCAGAAAACAAGUCGUCAAGUCUCUGCAUAUGAAACUUAUUGCCAAGAACUAUUUCCCCUGUCUUCUGCAGGAGAGAAAUUAAGGUCGUUUCCUCAGCACCCGAGUUGUCGCUGCCUGCCUUUUGCAAAGAAAAUCUUUUGAUGUGCUGCUUCAAACCCAGUGUCAGAAUUUGCAGCCUUUCCCGGCUUUUCUGCCCUAGAUUUCUUUUUUUGGGGGGGAGGAGGAAAGAUAAUUUUUAAAAGCCACGCUUGGCAGUGUCCCCUCUCCCCUCUCUCCCGGGGGAACCAGCGGUCCAGCCGGCCCCGGAGCGCCCCUGUCCCCGUUCUGUGUCCCCGUUCCGUGUCCCCAGUCCCUGCCCCGCCGCCACGUGCGGGCUGGGGCGGGGCGGGUCCCUGCCGGUCCCUCCCGCUGCCGGGGCCGCUCCUGCGCACUGGGCGGGGGCGGCGGGAGCGCGGCGGCCCGGGGGGCAGAACAGUGGAGCUCCCGAUGCCGCGGGGCAGGGCGGCCGCCUCGGCGGGGAGCCGCGAUGAUCCCCUACUUCUCCGACAACGCCGUGAUCUCCCAGGGCGCCAUCGCCCAGCUUGUGAAGAAACAACACUUCACAACCGUCAGAGGAAGUUACGGGCUGUGCAGAUAGUUACAAACUGCGCUGGAUUACACCACCAGCAUCAGUGAGAGCUUCCUGACCGUGAAAGGUGCCGCGCUCUUUCUGCCGCGAGGAAAUGGCUCGUCCACCCCCAGGAUCAGUCACCGGCGCAACAAACACGCAGGGGAUCUCCAGCAGCACCUGCAGGCCAUGUUCAUACUGCUCCGCCCAGAAGACAACAUCAGACUGGCUGUAAGACUGGAAAGUACCUACCAGAACCGCACUAGAUACAUGGUGGUGGUGUCCACCAACGGCAGACAAGACACCGAAGAGAGCAUUGUCCUAGGCAUGGAUUUCUCUUCCAAUGACAGUAGCACUUGCACAAUGGGCUUGGUGCUGCCGCUGUGGAGCGACACCUUGAUCCACCUGGACGGGGAUGGAGGGUUCAGCGUAUCGACAGAUAACAGGGUUCAUAUAUUCAAGCCAGUGUCUGUACAGGCGAUGUGGUCGGCUCUGCAGAGUUUACAUAAAGCUUGCGAGGUAGCACGGAGCAACAAUUACUACCCAGGGAGCCUCUUCCUCACGUGGGUCAGUUACUAUGAGAGCCAUAUCAACUCCGACCAGUCGUCGGUCAACGAGUGGAAUGCCAUGCAAGAUGUCCAGUCCCACCGGCCCGACUCGCCUGCACUGUUCACAGAUGUCCCAACUGAGCGGGAACGCACAGAACGGCUAAUUAAGACCAAGUUAAGGGAGAUCAUGAUGCAGAAAGACUUGGAGAAUAUCACGUCAAAAGAGAUUCGCACGGAGCUGGAAAUGCAGAUGGUGUGUAACCUGCGGGAGUUCAAAGAGUUCAUUGACAAUGAAAUGAUAGUGAUCCUUGGGCAGAUGGACAGCCCCACCCAGAUAUUUGAUCAUGUCUUUUUGGGAUCGGAAUGGAACGCCUCCAAUUUGGAAGACUUGCAGAACAGAGGGGUGCGGUAUAUUUUAAAUGUGACUCGAGAAAUAGAUAACUUCUUCCCUGGGCUCUUCGAAUACCAUAAUAUUCGGGUAUAUGAUGAAGAAGCAACUGAUCUUCUGGCUUACUGGAAUGACACCUACAAAUUCAUCUCAAAGGCAAAGAAGAACGGUUCCAAGUGCCUGGUGCACUGCAAGAUGGGGGUGAGCCGCUCGGCGUCCACGGUGAUCGCCUACGCCAUGAAGGAGUACGGCUGGAACCUGGACAGAGCGUACGACUAUGUGAAGGAGCGGCGCACCGUCACCAAGCCCAACCCCAGCUUCAUGCGGCAGCUGGAGGAAUACCAAGGGAUCCUGCUGGCCAGCAAACAGCGACAUAAUAAACUGUGGCGCUCGCACUCAGACAGUGACCUCUCGGACCACCAUGAGCCCAUCUGCAAGUCUGGGCUGGAGCUGAACAAGAAGGAGAUCACCACCUCGGCCGACCAGAUCUCGGAGGCCAAGACCAACGACAACCAGCAGCCCAUGUCUCCCAUCUACUCGGCCGAGCUGGGCAGGGAGCAGCAGCUCCCCGAGGAUGCAAACAUGACUGAGGAGAUGUGUGUGAAGGAGAGAAGAAUCCACUUAGAGUUUACGUGUCGAGACCUCCAUGCUGAGCAGAUGGAAGACAAGCUGAACCUGAACAACAUCAACGGCUGUAGAGCAGGUUGUUGCGUAGACUCUGUCCCCCCUGAUAACUGCCAUGCCUCCGAGGCCUUAAUGCAACUCCAGCACCCCUUGGAAAUAACAGAGUUUCCUGAUUUGACAGUGGACGAUCUAGAAAAAGAUGCUCUUAAGCCUGAUAUGAACGUGCACUUGGUUCCCAUGGAAGAAUUCACUUCGUGCUUAAAGGACUUUCCCCAGUCCCCAAACCAAAAUUCCCCAAGUCUCCAACAGAAUCCCCAGCCCGAAGUGUCAGACCUCAGUACAGACAGGAUUGAUUUCUUCAGCGCUUUGGAGAAAUUCGUGGAGCUUUCCCAGGAGAGCCGGUCGCGCACCUGCUCCCAUUCCAGGACAGAGGAACAAGGCGGUGGCAGGAACGGGGUCUCCAGGGUGCCGGUGCUGGAAGUGCCCCCCGCUGCGGACGGGGGUACAGAUGCUCGAAGGAACAGCUCUGGAAACUGUCCUCAGGCAUCGGAUGACUCUUCCACAGAUGAAGAACAACAAAAGGAGGUCCCUGAGCUGCCUGCUCCAGGCCAUCUCACGAGAUCCCACUCGGAAAAUGCCAUUUCUGUGAAGGAAAUCAUCACGGAGAUCGAGUCAAUCAACCAGGGAGCAGGACCUGCCCAGCAGAAAGAGAGUUCAGCCAACCUCAUCCAGACACCAAAGAGGAACACGGUGCACGACCUGCCCGUGGAGGCGAUUUGGGCAUCAGAAAGGGUGGAACAGAGUGAAGGAGCCUGUGCUGGACACCAGGAAAAGGAGAAAGACCCUCUGCAAGCUGAGCAAGAAGCUGCCCCCUCGCUGCAGCCAUCUUCUGGUAAAUCCAACCCGGAGGAAAGCAGCCCCGGGGGGGAGCAGCAAGAGCCUCGUGGCUCCGUCAACCCCGAGCCCAAGUGGUGCCCCGGCUCCGUCCGACGAGCCACCCUGGAGUUUGAGGAGCGCUUGAGGCAGGAGCAAGAGCACCAGCACACGUCCCCAGCCAGCGUCUUACCCACCCGCAAGAACUCCAGGAAUGACACUCCCACUGCCGAGCUCCUGCCACGGGGGAAGAGCGAGGAACCGUCCCUGGAGCCGGCUCUGGACGGUGACAAGACGCAGGACCUGGGCGCUGAGGGGGUGCUGCCUGUGCCCCUCGUGUCCCCCGCACAGGAGUCCCUGCCCACAGAGCCCGGUGCGGGGCAGGAGGGAACGGCACGGGAGCGCAGGACAGUGGUCUCAUUUGAUGGGACGGAGGAGCCAUCGCUGCCCUCCCACGUCCCAAAGAGAAUUGAAAUCAUUGAAUACACUCCCAUGGUCAAGUCCACAGACACAAGCUGUGAGCAGGGCGGGCUGGCCACGGCCGUCCCGUCUUUAGAUGAAAACUUGAACCCUUCGUUGUGCUUGGAGAAGGCGGUGAGAUGUCCGAGAGCUCUGACGCUGGUAAAUCCCUCACUGCCGGAGCACACAGUACACAAACAGGCCACCGGUGAGGAAGGUGGUGGGUUAUCUGUUCACCCCAGUGCUGCUUCCCCCUCCGUGCAGGUGAGCUCCACGCCUUUGGCCAGCGUACAUCACUCUUCUUACCCCUGUGUGAUUCACCUGGAAGGUGUCACUGAGCAGAGCACGGGCACAGAUGAUGAGCCGGUCACACCGGGUGGCAUUGAGGGAGACGUGACUCUCCCGUUCAGGGACAGCCCCAAACCUUUCUGCAGGGGAGGUGCCGGCACCUCGAGGCAGCUGAGCGGCGAGGAGUUCACCAGCCAACGUGCUGAAGACAUGGACCUUCUGGACAUCUCUUUCCUGUGCUAUGGCCUCCCCAACAGCUCCAGCAGCCACAGCGUGGGCGAGCGCAGCAACAGCCCCGGGCUGGUCAAACAGCGAGCGAAGGAAAUAGAGGCUCGGAUCCGGCACGCCGGGCUCACCACACCCUCCCACAUGAAACGCUCGGCAUCCUUGGCCAAACUGGACUGCCUGGACCUCUCCAAGGACGACUUAUCCGAGAGGGAGUCGACCUCUUCCGACGCCAACCUGGUGCUUUUUCCCUGCGUUGCCCUCGGUCGAGGUUUUCGCGGGGGAAGGUUGGAGAGGGGCUCGGAAAGCGCAUGCGGAAAGCAUCGCCUCUCCUCCCCAGAGCCCGCUAAGCAUUUUGUGGAACAGCUCAGAACAGCCGAGUGCAUUGCCCAGAGCAAGCCGGUGGAGCGGCCGUUAGCUCAGUACGCCAAAGAGUGCAGCUCCAGCCAGCAGAGUUUGUUCUCCAGCGCGGAUCCCGCAUGGACUAGCUCCGAGGAGGGUACUCCGCUGCUCCAGGUGCAGGUCCUGGACUCCUUGUCUCCGGCUCGAGGUCUGGCUGUCGGCCCCCGGCAGCAGCACGGCAGAACUCACCCUCUGAGGAGGCUCAAAAAGACCAGUGAUAAAAAACGGACAACCAAUCCCCUCUACAAUACCAUGUGAUGCUGGGCCCUCGGCUGUGAUUUCUUACCGAGAAGCCGUGGUGUUGCGUUCACGUGAGGGGCAGGUGUAAUAUGAGGAACAUGCACUUUAUUGGUUAAUUUUAUAUAUAUUGUCAUUUUACUGUUCCUGGCGCAUGUAGGUGUGGGUUGGUUCUUCUGUGUGUGACUCUGACUGCAGGACUGUUUGGGUUUUUUUUAAGUUUUAUAACUCGGAUAACCUCAAAUGUUUUUUGUUGUUAGUUUGUUUUAAAAGAACACCUUUACGAUGCGAAUAUUGAUGUUGGCUUGCUUCGGCAAGGUGGAGUUUUGCUUAGAACCAGAUCCUAGCUCCUAACUUGAAUUUUCCCCGUGCCUCAAAAUGGUGCUGGGUGGUUGUUGGGGUGAGAGCCCCUGUAAAUGUGAAGGCUGUGCCAAGGUCCCUUUAUUUGGCCUUUCUUUUAUUUCUGCAAACUGGAACUCCACAAUCACAAAGCUGCUUCAGGACAAACCCCUGUGCUCGGUGCAUCCCCAAGAGGAGCACACAGGGUGAAUCCCAGGGUGAAUCCUCCCCACGGACGGGCUCUGAAAACUCAUUUUGUGGUGAGGUGGAGCCUCACCUGCCCUAGACCCGCAGGUGAGAGGAGGAGAACCCCCAAAGCCAGAGUGUUCUUUUAAAACAAAUGCCUCAUUACUUGAAUACUGCUGUGGGCCUUCCAAGUUCAUGGCCAUAUCAUCUGUCCUCUGCCCUCCUGCUGCCUCCCCUCUGCCCAAAAGUCGUUCCCGUCUCGUGCUCUGGACUUUCCUCUCCCCUCGGCCGCGCUUCUGGUCGCUCCCAAACCCAGAGGCUGUUUUGUUACGCGACACGUUGCCCCUACUGAAUGCAAAGCUGUGUCCUCUCUGCUGUCAGUCCCAACACUUGACCCGGAGGGAAGAUCUUUUCUGGAAGUUCUUUUUUCUUUUUUUUUUUUUUCCUAAAUUGUCUAUAUGGUAUUUAUAGAGAGUUUUUUGUUGUUUCUAUGUUGGUUUUUCCUUUUUUUCUUAUUUUUUUUUAAGGGCAAGACUGCAUUCUGUAAACUGGAAAACAAACCCACCUGACUCAAACUCAGUGCUGUUCAUUGUAACCUGCACAGAAAUGGGAGUGGAUUUGACAUUGUAAGCUGUCUUCCCUUUCCAAAAGUGAGCCUCGGUGCCAGCCUUUGCCAAAUGUGUCCUGCGGGAAACCCCUUUACCGCGCUGCGGGAGGGGACUGCAGACCUGCCCGUCUCUCUCGCUCUUGAAGCUGUGUUUCAGAAUCAAAAGCCGUGAGCUGCUCAGAGCCAUUCUGCAGGUUCUUGCUUCCCUGGAGAACCCGUGUUUGAGGGGUCUGCUCCAAAUUCCAGCAAAUUAUUUUAUGGUUCCUGAGCAGUUUGGCUAAAUCAAAGCUCCUCAUUUCCAGACAUGCAUAUCAGUGAAUGGUCUGCAGUUGGAUGCAGAACGGGUGCAGUUGGAGCAGGGAGAAAGGCACUUGGCGGUGGCAGGAGAGCUCUGGGUCCUGUUAGUGGCCCCGUGGCAGGUCUGGAGCACAAGAGCGUGUCUGAGCUGGUGCUUGGCUCUGGCCCAGACCUGCCCUUCAGGGAGGAGCAAAGAUGCAGAAUGGCUCCAGCUGCUGAAAGCCCAGCAUGGAGAGGACAUGGUGUGGGAGGAGCAGCACAGGCUGUGCCUGGAAAGCAGUGCUGGUGCUGCAGAGCCUCGCAGGCUCCUAUCGGAUGAGCUCGUUUUGAGCCAGAGAGGAGCACACGACAUCAGGGCAUUGCAGAGCAUUGGGAAGCAGUGUGUCUGCCCUGGGGACGGGGUGCCCGUAGCCCCCCAGCUUGCCUGCAGCAGUUUAUAAGGUAAUCCCGCCUCACUGCCCUCCUGUAGCUCCCAGGGUUCCUCCUACCCUGCCCCGUGGAGCCCAGUGUCCCCAGCCUGGGCACGGGGCCGUUAGCCUGUGCUUCUCCAGCAGCAACAUGGCAUGUCGUCCUUUUGGGGCAGGUUGUCACCCUGCUAGCUGCAGGCUGGAGCCCAGCCCGGAGUAGCCCAGCAACCCCCAUCCUGGGUCAAAUAGCAUGUCACUACAAGUCACCCAAGUCCUUGGCCCAGGAGGCUGGAUACUUCUUUGGGACGCUGAAAAACAUUUGGCUUCCCCUAGCCAACUCCAGCUGGCUUUGGAGCUAGGCAGGCAGUCUGGAAAGGCCAAGUGGCUCAUGUCAUCUUGUGAAGGACAAUUUCGGUCCUUGCCUCCCCCCUAAACCUCACCAGACCCUGCUGCCCGCCACUCCUGACCCCACAGACGUGUCUGCCUCUCUGUGGGCAGAAAGGACGAGGUGCCACCAAGCCUGUCCUGCGUUGGAGGGAGAGUGCUUGGCUGGCAGCUUGUCCUGGUGACAAGGAUCUGCUUGGGAAGGGAAAACCCUGUGUAUCCUUUCUUCCUUGAGAAGAGAGGAGGAGGAAGGAGAUCAGGUUUCUUUGCCCUGCUUGAUCUCAGGGGAAAUGUCCUAUAGGAAGGCUCUUGUGUGCAGACCAGAAAUGCUGCUGCUUUCCAAUGCUCUGCUGCUGUCCGGGUGCUUCAGCUGGGGAGCGAAGGCCCCUGUGGGGAGGUGCUUUGCUGUCCCCUUGUCCUCGGCUCUGGGCCAGCACAACUGUUUUUUCUCUGGGAAGCCUGUGGACAGGUGGAGGGACUUGGGGAAGGUGGUUGGUUCUCUUGCAGAGUUAUGAAGGCCUUGGAGGUCUGGAGGCUCUGACCUGGUGGCAGGAAGGGGAACGGGCUGGAGGGGCAGUGAAGCCACCAAGUCCCUGGCAUCAGAGCUCUCUACCUGGGGACAGUUGUCCCUUCUCCAUGCUGGUGGCUCAUGGGUGGGUGGUGGCUCGCUCUUGGUCCCUGUGGCCACCCCCCAAGAGCUGCUUGUGGCCCACGGAGUACCGGGGAGCAGGACCUUUCCUGAUGGGUGGGAGCAGAACCUCCAGGGCACUGGGCCUCACUGAUAGAGGGGUUUUAGGAGAAACGUGUUGUUCUAAGGGCAUUUUUGUACAAAGCAACUGUUCCUUUGGUCUCUUGCAAAGCCCUCUUGGAGGACGCUUUAUUGUUUACAUUGACUCCUGUACAAUAUCUCAGCCAUCGCCUCCCCCCUUGCCCACCCUAUCUCCGGCUGUACUGUAACGUGUGAGCCUUGCACAAAUGGAUAGCGUGUGCGUGAAACUGGUUUUUACACUGCGUUCUGUUGCACUCGAUGGUGUGUGUGUGCGUGUGUGUGCCCGGUCUGCUUGAGAAGUUGUGACAUGUACAAAUCUUUCCCCUUUCAGCCCUUUCCUGGGGGCACGGUCCCAGCGGGUCAGCAGGUGAUGCUGCUUCUGGCUCACUUGGAUGUUAAACGGGACAGGGAUUAGCUCCGUGUCCCUCUCGCCAGCAAAGGCCUGGUGGAAGGUGUCCCACCCCAGCUCCGGCUGCUCCGGGGACCUCUUGGGAGGAGCGAGCCGCUGGGAAUCGGCACAGGCUCCGAGACCCCCGCAGCUCUCCUGGCCCGGUGGCAGGUCCCCUGCUCCCAUCCUGCCUUAAUUUGGUCCCAGCUCCAUGCAAACCCCCACGGUUCUCCCUAAGGGAGGGACCCCAAGCCCUUGCUGGUGCGGGCAGAGGUGGGCGCUGGCCUGGCACUGGUCCGGGCUGGGCAGGGGCUCUCGGUCGCCCUCCGGCAGCGCUGCCAGAGGUGCUAACAGCCUGCCUGUGCUGCAGACCCCUCUGUUGGCACAAAAGCAGAUGCCAGUGCCUUUUCCUGUAUAGAGAUGUUAUAUUUGUGUGCCGUAGGGAUCGCCCCAGGGCCGGGCGGUCCGGCCGCACUGUGUGCUGGAUCGUGACCCCUUGGGGACGGCUGGCGGUGCAGUUGCAAACAGGGAGGGGAGUGGUUCUGUCUGCCCCUCCUGCAUCUUCCUCGGUGGCUGGGAUCGUCUUCUUUCCCCCUAAAGACUUUGACUGAUGUGCUCAGCUGUUUUUAAAUGUGAACUUGUGCACUGAUGUGCAGAUUCAAUGUUCUUGUUACCGAAUGAAUAAAGUUUUAUUUUGAAGAUGA